CCCACAGCCAGUGCACUACCAGCCUUCCAGCUCAAAACAGAUGGCCAACCCAACAAAGGUGGUGGUGGUGGUUAUACCAAGCAGUGGUGGCAGUGGCAGUGGCGGCGGCCGUGGUGGCUGCCCAGCAGGAGGCUGCUACCAGAUGCCAUCUCCACCUCCACGCCCACCCAGUGGGGGUGGGUGUCCAAUGGGAGGCUGUUACCACCCUGCACAACAGCCAGCACAGUACCAUCCCUCCGGCUGCAGUGGUGGUGGCUGCAAUGCUCAACCCCAAAUGUGCUCCACCUGCGGUGGUGGUGGGGGUGGAGGAGGGCAUUCAUACAGCCAGGCCUCGAGUCAAGCGUCCAGCUACAGCUCCGGCUGGAGAAAGAAGUGAGCUGCAGUAGCUGGAGCGCUUCAGCACGGACGGUGAUUCACAUGCAGACGUCUAAGAACUGUCUUUCUUCACAGCGUAAAUUAAUGAACUUACGGAAUCAUUCCAGAAGACUGAAAGUGGACACUGCGAAAUUGUUUGCCAAUGGAAUACCCACACGACCGUCUCAUCGUAUCACAUCCAAACCUGUUCUCAAAAGAAACUUACCCGCUCUUACACAGCAUGUCACUGGCAGAGACAGUGCAUGUGAUUAUUGUUCUCAAAAAGACUAAAAUAUUUUCUGAAAGUGAGGCAGGGAAUCAGUAAGACGCACGCCGUAGUAUCAGUGUUGAUGUUUCUGAGGCCUCAAAGAUGCAGUUGCUAUACUCCGACGUACAUCGAAAAUCUCGUUCUCACGAGGAAAAUGUAAAACGGAUCGUAUAACUCAUUCUGUAUUUUGGGA